AUGGCUUUCGGUACGAACUUGUUUUUUGGAUGCUGUUUGAUUCUCUUUGCAUUUCUUUUGGGCAGUCCAAUUGAAUUUGUUGAAGGCAAUAUUGGACCUUUUCCUGCCCUAUUUGUGUUUGGUGAUUCAAUUUUGGAUCCAGGGAAUAAUAAUUACAUUAACACUACGACUCAAUUCCAAACAAAUUUCCCGCCUUAUGGCGAAACGUUCUUCAAAUCUCCUACUGGUAGACCUUGUGAUGGUCGUCUCAUAUCCGAUUUUAUUGCGGAAUUUGCUAACUUGCCAUUAAUUCCUGCAUAUUUUGAAAUUGGGACCGAUAAAUUUCUUCAUGGGGUGAACUUUGCUUCCAGUGGCUCAGGUUGUUUAGUAGAAACCAACCGUGGUAUUGUUAUAGAUCUUCCGACGCAGUUGGCACAUUUCAAUGAGGUGGUUCAAUUAUUGGAGAAUAAGUUAGGGCAACAUCAGGCACAACAACUCCUCACUAAUGCUGUAUACAUGUUUAGCACUGGAAGUAAUGAUUAUGCUUUCCCUUACCUUUCCAAUCCUAAGUUUCCAUUUCCUAAGGAAGAAUUUUCAGAGAUGAUAUUGGGUAAUUUUACUGCUAUUUUACAGGAAAUUUACAAUAAAGGAGGAAGAAAAUUCACCAUAUUUACGUUGCCUCCAGAAGGUUGUUCCCCAGGUGGAAGAGCAUUUAAUGAACAAGCAAAUGGUACAAGUGGGGACUGCAUGCAAGAACUCAAUGGCUUAUUGCAAAUGCACAGUUCUGCUCUUCCCCAAAAGCUCAACCAACUACAACAGAAUUUGACUGGAUUUAACUAUACGUUAUUUGAUCUUUUCAAACUCUUUACUGAAAGGAUUGAUAACCCUUCCAAAUAUGGUUUUAAAGUAUCAAUAGAAGCAUGCUGUGGUACAGGUCAAUUUAGAGGAAUUAAUAGUUGUGGAGGUAAGAGGCAAGUGAAAGAGUACGAGUUAUGUCCAAAUGUGACAGAUCAUGUGUUUUUCGAUGCCAGUCAUCCCACAGAAGAAGCGAACAGGCAAUUUGCUGAACUAUUAUGGAAUGGAACGACGGAUGUCAUUGCGCCUCAAAAUCUCAAAUCUUUUUUUAUAAUGUAACCAAUGGCGAAGCCAGAAAAUUUAAUAAUGGUGUUCAAAUUUUGAACACUAUUUGCCAUUGGACAAUGCAAGGGUAUUCAAAGUCUAUUUUUAAUCAAUAACAAAUAAUAUUUUACCUUAUACGUAGUAUAAUUUUUCGGCGAAGGGUGGACCUUUGGGCCAAUAUAGCUUCGCCUCUUAAUGUAACUUAAUA